AUGGAAGGUCCUGAAGCUGAGAAUAAUGGAGACUCCAUUGUCAUCAGUGGCAUAUCUUGUCGCCUUCCUGGAGCUGACAAUAUGGCAGAGUUUCGAAAUAGUCUGUGGCAGGGAGAAAAUAAUGUACAGGAAAACCAAAGGUGGACAAAAGAAUUACCGGAUGGCACCCCAAAAAAGAUGGGAAUAUUAAGUGACCUGGGAAAAUUUGAUGCAGAAUUUUUCAGUGUAAAUCCUAAAGUUGCAGACGUAAUGGAUCCACAACUGCGGAUGCUGCUAGAGAUAACUCAUGAAGCCAUUGUGGAUGCAGGUGUUGAUCCUCACCAGCUGAAGGGUUCAGAUACUGGGGUUUAUGUGGCUUGUGGACUGUCAGAAAACAUGGAGGCAUUCAGUACCAACCAAGAUCAUAUUUAUGCCUACAAUCCAAUAGGGAAUGCCUCUGCGAUGUUUGCCAAUAGAAUUUCUUUUGCGUUUGAUUUCAAAGGUGCUAGUUACGCCUUGAGGAAUGGUCAUGCAAGUGGACUUGUGGCUUUGGAUCGUGGACUGAUGGCCCUUCGAACUGGUCAGUGUCAGGCAGCAGUUGUUGCUGGAUGUAACCUUUGUCUAAAGAUCACAACUUCCACCCAGCUGCACAGGAAUGGUCUUCUAUCAUCUCAAGGUCACUGUAACUGCUUUGAUGAAAAAGCGGAUGGCCUUGUGAGAAGUGAAGGUGUGGUAGCCAUGUUUCUACAGAAGCAGUCUUCUGCUAAGAGAAUUUAUUCUACCAUUUUACAUACAAAGCUGGCCUCCUACAAGUCCCAAUCCCCAGUGCUGCCCCCUAGUGUAGAAGAGCAGUCAGAGUUUUUAGAGAUGGUGUAUGAGGAAGCUGGUGUAUUGCCAGAGCAAGUGUCUUAUGUUGAGACGAGUGGUUGUUCUGUCUCCAAAGCGGAGACACGGGAAAUGAAAGCUCUUGCCAAGGUCAUUAGCAGUAAAAGAUCAUCACCUCUUCUGAUUGGUUCUGUAGUAUCAAAUGUUGGUCACAUGGAAACUGUAUCAGACCUUGUGGGACUUGCUAAACUGAUACUGACAAUGGAAGAGGACAUCAUUCCUCCAAACCUCCACCUCUGUACUGCUAAUCAAGACCUAGCUACCACAUUCAACGGCCAGAUCAAAGUAGUCCAGGAAAAGACACGACUACCGGGCAACAGUGGUAUAGUGUCCUUAAACUCUUAUGGACUAGGAAAUCUGUGUGCCCAUGGAAUCUUUAAAGCACACGAAGAUCAGAAAUCAAAUAGCCACCAGGCAACAACCUUAAGUCGAUUGUUCACAUACUCUGGUAGGACAAAGGAAGGGGUAGAAUCUGCAUUCAGAUUGGUACAAAGUAAUACCAGUAAUGUACACCUCCAUUGCUUACUACAGGAAACAGCCCAUGUGGCACCCACAUACCAUCCUAUACGUGGUUACAUAGUGGUUAAUGCUGCUGAUGGACUCCAGGAAAUCAAGAUAGAAAUAAUCAUGCUACAGUGA